ACUUGGCAAAGGAGACUUCAAAGUCAAACGUAUCCUGCUGUACGCCGUGCGGCUGCGGUGCUCCUUUAAAUUAAACCAGUCGACUGGCAUCGCUAAAACUAAGAAAACAUUAAACAAACGCUGUCUAGGCGUUUAAAUAAUAAUACAAAACAGUUAACAAUAAACUAAAAAUAUUUUUUAAAAGAACAGCAGGAGUGUUUUGAGACGCUGCGCUUUUAACUUUUUUUACGAGCGGAACAACAGAUACCUCGUUGUCGUUAAAUUCAUUGUCCCUGACGUCCGCUCUGCCGCCGACGGAUCCUGAUCACCACCACGACCACAACACACACAACAUGAACAAACUGUGCCGUCAAGUGUCAAUUGAGUCGCCCGGACCGGGUGCCAAGAACUGCGUCUUCAACUUCUUUGUCCCUAUCGAGGAUACGCCGGCGCUGGGCGCCCGCAUCCGGAUCGUGUGCGCCGGAGCCUGCUACCGUCGCCGCGAUCGCUCCAACUCGAUAACCAGCAUGUCCUCGGUGUCUUCGGAGCUGAGCGACUACUGCCCCUCAGUGAACUCGAUUUCCUCGCCCGCCCACCAGGGCAUCCGCGAGGGCUCCUUCUUCCCCGGCUUCGAAGUGGCCGGCGUGAUCGAGUCCCUCGGCUCAGAGAUCACCGAGGCCAACAACCGGGGCCUGCGCAUUGGACAGCGCGUGAUCGUCUACCCGUUCGAUGAGACCCCCGCCGGCUAUGCCGAGCUCUUGGUGGUUCCAGAUCUGAAGCAUGUGGUGCCCAUUCCCGACAGUCUGCCCAUGGAGGUGGCCGCCAUGCUGCCCACGGGCGCCCUCCUGGCCAUGAACGCUGUCUUCAAGGCCCAGGCGGUGGUCACACAGAUCCUCAGUCAGCGGGCUGCCACAGAGCCGCAGCGGAAGUGCAAGAUCCUGAUCGUUGGCACCGGCGGCCUGGCCCUCUGGGCUGUGCGCAUCGCCUCCUAUCACUUUGCCUCCACUGGAGCCGACAAUGUGGACAUCACAGUGGCCAGUCUCAGGGACGAGGGCUUCCGUCUGGCCACGGAGAUUAAAAAUGUCAGUGUGGUACAGUGGAACGAAUGCCUCUAUGAGCCGCAACUGAUCGAGCGCACCAAGGAUGUGUGCGGCGGAGCCGUGGACGUGGUGAUUGAUUUUGGCACAACCUCAAGGAGCCUGCACCGCUCGAUGCACUGCCUGUCGAAGGGCGGUGUGGUCCUGAUCAGUGACGAGGUGGCCGAGAAGCUGCUGCCCAAGUUCUCGCGGCUGUCCAGCGAAUACCAGCAGGACAUCAUCCCGAUCUCCAACGGCACCGCCGAGCAGCUGGCGGAACUGGUCGAGCUGGUGGCCAACAAGAAGAUCGAGCCGCCGCCACACUCUGUGUUCCCCUGCGAACAGGCCGCCGAGGUCAUCCAGAAGCUGUGCAACUCCGAGAUACCCGGACGCGCCAUCCUCCGCUUCCACGACAUAGAGUAGGCCAUCACAUCACAGUUAAAUGGGAGGGGAGGCGAAGGAUGUGGCUCCCAGUCAAGGCAUUAACUCAUUCAGUACGGAUAUAUGUUAGUUGUAUUCAGCGGACACCCACAAAACACUGCAACCUGCAACACUCUCGAAGCGGAUUCAAUUGUGCUUAUUUAGUAGCCGGUCUUUGUUUUGUAUCCUUAGUUUGGACCCAAUAGGCGUCCACCUCGUUUCAUUGAUUUAGAUUUUUAAGCAUUUUAGUAUUAUGUACAUAUAGAUUGUGAUUUAUUUUAAUUUGUAAGCCAAGCCAGAAGCACCCAUCACCUCACAUCAACAUAUUAGCCGGAACAGGUCUCCAGGCAUUCGAUUAUGCUUAUUUAACAUUUCGUACAAGCCCAUGAGCAGAUUCGGAUUAAAAAAUAAAUGUUAUACAUACUAUAUACAAAAUUGUUAUGCAUGCGAUGCAAAAUGUUUGAUUCAAUUGCUUGAUGUUUGUACUCAUUACGUACCCAACCUUAUAUUCUACUCUUAAUCAUAAAUAAAAGCCAUAACUAUCAAAGAA